AUGGCCGCGAUACCCACCUCCCUCUUCCGCUGGGUCGUUCCUGCCGCCAUCGGCGCCAGUGUCGUGCAGAGCUCGCUCUACGACGUCAAGGGCGGAACCCGCGCCGUCAUCUUCGAUCGUCUGUCGGGAGUCAAGGAACAAGUCGUCAACGAGGGCACCCACUUUCUGGUACCAUGGCUGCAGCGGGCAAUUGUCUUCGAUGUCAGGACGAGGCCGCGGAACAUCAGCACUACGACGGGCAGCAAGGACUUGCAGAUGGUCACACUCACACUGAGGGUGCUGCAUCGCCCAGAGGUCAAGCAGCUGCCUAAGAUCUACCAGAACCUCGGUCUCGACUACGACGAGCGUGUCCUGCCCUCCAUCGGUAACGAAGUCCUAAAAGCCAUCGUCGCCCAGUUCGAUGCCGCCGAGCUUAUCACCCAGCGAGAGGCCGUCUCGAACCGCAUUCGCACCGACUUGCUCAAGCGCGCCAACGAGUUCAACAUUGCCCUCGAAGACGUCUCCAUCACCCACAUGACUUUCGGCAAAGAGUUCACCAAGGCCGUCGAAGAGAAGCAGAUCGCACAACAAGAGGCCGAGCGCGCGCGCUUCAUUGUCGAAAAGGCCGAGCAGGAGAGGCAGGCCAACGUCAUCAGGGCAGAGGGUGAAGCCGAGGCUGCCGACACAAUUUCAAAGGCAGUGGCCAAGAGUGGUGACGGCUUGGUGCUGAUCAGGCGCAUUGAGACACAGAAGGAUAUUGCGCAGAUGUUGGCGAGGAACCCCAACAUCAGCUAUCUACCCGGCGGUAACUCUGGCGGCAAUGGCGGUGGUUCAAGUGGAGGCAGCUUCUUGCUGGGCCUGAGGUCAUGA